CUUAUGGUGAUAAAUGCUGCUUCAGCCAUAACAUUGAAGCCUUUAAGGCCCAGAAACUAGCUGAUUUGGAGGGCGAAUGCCCAUUUCUGAGCGAUGAUGGGCUGCCCAAUUGAUAUUGUUGUUAACAAGGGUGCUGGAUCAUGCCUUCUUACAAAGCCCAUGCGAAUGAAAAGAAUUAUUGAAGCUGCCUCUGCAACAGUGGAGACACCUAUAAGACUAUAACUGUUAAGGUACGGACUGGUUAUUUGAAGGGAAGAAUCGCAUUGAUUCAUUAAUUGCAGAUAUUGGCUACUGGGGUGCCAUUGCAGUCACAGUACAUGGUCGAUCAUGCCAACAACAGUAUAGCAAACUUGCUGGUUGGGACUACAUAUACCAGUGUGCUAGGAAGGCCCCUGAUACUUUGCAAGUUUUGGGGAAUGGUGAUAUUUUUUCAUUUUUAGACUGGAACUAUCAUGUUUCUGACUGCCCUGAGCUUUCUUCAUGCAUGUUGCUCGAGGGGCACUAACUAAGCCUUGGAUAUUUACUGAAAUCAAGGAACAGAGACACUGGGAUAUAACUUCUGGACAGCAGUCGAAUAUUUUGAAGGAUUAUGUACGUUUUGGUCUUGAACAUUGGGGAUCUGACACAAAAGGUAUGUGGUGUUAAUUUAAUAGGCAUUUGAUGUCCUUGAUGAGAUGCAAUGAAACUAAGAAGAGUAGUUUAUCUUAAAAUAGGAAUCUGCACCUUUACAGUAAUACCAUAUAUCACCCAAUGAUGAAUGCAUGCAUAAGAAUAUCAUUCGGUUGCAAAAAUGUUGCGGGUGUUGAGAAAACUAGGCAUUUCUAAUUGGAGUGGCUGAGCUAUGCAUGUAGAUACAUACCUGUUGGUCUUUUAGAUGUCAUUCCACAAUGGCUUAACUGGCACCCACCAUCCUACCAUGGCCAAGAUGACCCUGAGACAUUAACAACUCUGCAGCUGAUUAGAUACGAAUUUCUGAAAUGUUGCGUGGCAAUGUUCCAGAUGGCUUCACGUUUGCACCAAAGCACAAGUCCAAUGCUUACAAUCGAGCAGCCAAUAGUUAAUUUCCAUAUGUUAAUCGCUGCAUUAUUCUAACACUCAUUUAAUUUCAGAGGAAUAGCCAGAAUAAUCAACAGACAGUAUCCUGCAUUCCAGAGUCAUCAAGAAAAUCAGUAAACACUUAUUUCAUUGGUACUCUUAACUACUAUCAUGUGGGAAUGUACCUUCAUCUUAUCCAAGAAUUUGUACCAACUACUGACUUAUAUAAUUUUACUACAUUUUAAUUAAAAUCAUAGCUUUGG